UUGUAAGUCUGUGUUAAAUAAAAAAAUAUAAAGAUGUUAGUCGUGCUAUUUGGUGUUACAGCUGUAUUAUUGUGGUACUGGUGGAAGCGUCAUCCUCGUUCACCUCCGUCGUUUCCCGGUGAACUGCCGAUCAUUGGACAUGUCUUUGCAAUGUUAGGAUAUCGAAAUGAUAUAUGGACCUUCAUCAAACGAGUUUGUGAUUACUCUUUGGAAAACGGUGGAUUAAUUCGUCUUAACGUCGGUUCUCAUAUUAUAUAUGUUGUAAGUGAUCCAAACGACACAGGUGUCGUAGCUAGCAUGUGUUUGGAGAAAGGAUUUUUUUAUGAAAUUGGAAGGGAUUUUGUACAAAAAGGAUUAUUAACGUCAGAUGCGACUACAUGGAAAACACAUCGUAAGCUAUUACAUCCAGCCUUCAAUCAGCAAGUUUUAAACACAUUUAUAAACGAAAUGAACGUACAAGCUCGAAAUCUCGUCUCACAAUUAACUGCAGUGGCUCAAAGUGGAUCAGUUGAUAUUCACCAAUUUGUGAUUAAAUAUGUCUUAAGGAUCGUCUGUCGAACAUCAUUAGGACUAGAAGCUAAAGAUCAAAAUAUUAUCGACAACAAUUAUGCAAAUGCUAUCCAAGAAAUUUUGAAAAUAUUCUGCUAUCGUGGCAUUCAUCCUUGGUUAUAUCCACCGUUUAUAUAUAAAAGAACUGCUUGGAAAAAGAAAGAAGACGACUUAAUAAGAGAUCUUAAGAACAUGAUAAAUACUGUUAUCCAAAAACGGAGGUUUGAUUUAAAGGCUAACAACUUUGUUACAAAUAAUGGCGUUGAUUCAAUAACGGGUAGAUUUAAACCAGUCCUAGAUCUUCUACUGCAUUUAGCUGAUGGAGAACACGCCUUUACUGAUGAUGAGAUCAAAGAACAUCUGGAUACUAUUGUAAUAGCCUCUUACGAUACAACAUCAACGGUACUACAAACUAUAUUGUUAGUGCUUGGAACAUAUCCUGAAGUACAGGAACGAGUUUAUAACGAGGUCCAAGAAGUAUUUCAAAAUAGUGAAGAUUUAUCUAUGCUUGAUUUAUCAAAACUCGUUUACUUGGAAGCGGUAAUAAAGGAGGUAUUGAGGGUAUACAGUACAGUUCCUAUAGUUUCAAGAAAACUGGACACCGAUAUUGUACUGCCAAAUUACACCUUACGAGCUGGAAGUACAUGUAUCCUGUCGAUAUAUGGCCUUCACCAUCACUCCUCGUGGGGACCAGAUGUGAAGGAGUUCAAACCGGAGAGGUGGCUGAAUCCUGAUACUUUACCUACUAACCCCAACGUAUACGUUCCGUUCAGUAUUGGCAAGAGAAACUGCAUUGGGAAACAAUACGCUAUGAUGAGUCUAAAGACGUCGCUUGCACAUAUCGUGAGGAAGCUCCACGUUUCUGGUGACAUUAGUAAUAUGAAGUGGAAAUACGAACUAGUGUUGAAACCAGCAAAACCAGCUCUUAUCGAGUUUACUAUAAGAUCUUAAUUUAUGUACAUAUUAAAAUUGUUUACAUU